AUGGCGCCAAUGAUUCAGGACGAUCCCGCACCGACCCCAUCUUCGGAUCACAAAUCUUCCGAGGCACCACCGACUCUAUACCAGAAUGUAAACGAGGAUAGCCUUCGAGUGGGUGCCAAGGCAUGCUUGGUCAACUAUGGUACCAAGUUCGAGGAAGACAUCGUGACUGGUAGCAAGGGUCUAUACGUCUACACAGCCAAAGGCCAUAGAGUGCUUGACUGGACAUCAGGACAAAUGUCUUGUCUGAUUGGACAUGGACAUGAGGAGAUUGUGGCAACCAUUCAAGAUCAUGCAGCGAAUCUCGACCACCUGUUCUCGGGCAUGAUAUCGCCGCCUGUGGUCCACCUUGCACAACGCCUGACUUCAUCCUUGCCUGUUGGCCUCGACAAAGCCUUCUUCCUAUCCACCGGGGGUGAAUCCAACGAGGCAGCGAUCAAAAUGGCCAAGGUGUAUACAGGCAAGUUUGAGAUUGUCGGUCUCGGUGCAUCUUGGCACGGCGUCACCGCUCAGGCGUUAGGGACGCAGUAUCACUUUGGGCGUAAAGGUCAAGGUCCGCUGAUGCCAGGCAUGCAUAUGCUACCGCCUCCCAAUGGGUAUCGUUCAAUCUUCCGGAAUCCCGACGGUUCAUAUGAUUGGGAAACUGAAUUGAACUACGGUUGGGAGCUGAUAGAUCGCGCAUCAUGUGGCUCUCUUGCGGCGUGCAUUGUGGAAUGCAUUCAAUCUUCGGCUGGUAUGCACGUCCUUCCUCCUGGAUAUCUCAAGGCUCUCAAGAAGCAUUGUGAAAGGCGUGGUAUGCUUUUGAUUGUCGACGAAGCACAGACUGGGAUUGGCCGUUGUGGUGAUCUUUUCGCAAUCAACCAUGAAGAUGUUGUGCCCGAUAUCUUGACCUUGAGCAAAACACUUGGAAACGGGAUUCCAUUGAGCGCAGUGGUCACAAGCCAUGAAAUUGAACGGCUGUGCGCCGAGAGAGACUUUUGUUUCUACACCACCCAUGUUAACGAUCCGCUACCGGCGGCGGUAGGAGACAAAGUCCUGGAGAUUGUCCUUCGAGAUGACCUCGUGGCCAAUUCGCGUGCCGUGGGCGCCCAUUUACACACGGGGCUUCUAAGACUUCAGUCGCGAUAUGGGUGUGUCGGGGAUGUGCGCGGCCGAGGCCUCAUGUGUGGAUUGGAGAUAGUGGGUGAUCGACAGAACAAGACGCCCGACCUCGAUCUCGCACAGAUGCUAUCGAAGAAGAUGUACUCUUUGGGGCUGUGGGCAAAUCUGAGUAGUCAUGCGAGCUUUGGUGGUGUCUUUCGAAUUGCGCCGCCCAUAGUCAUCACCAAAGCGCAGGUCGACCAAGGGCUUGAGAUCAUGGAGCGUGCAUUUGCGGAGACGCCGGGUAGCCAGGCUCUUUACUAG